ACACCAAUGCCCACCCCUAGUCAUGUUAUCAAAGAAAUAGCAGUAAAACAGCGGAUGCAGUUGCUCUUAUACUUCAUUCCCUAAAAUCCUUGCAUUUUUUGCAUGUGUCUGUCUGUCUUCUAACAUUCCAACUUUAUUUUUUUGUUGAAUGAGCCACCUCUUGAACUUGUAUCUCUAACUCUUGCUUGGACUUUUGGCCUAGUUUCUUGUGGAUCCUCCAUUAUACACAACCAAAGACCAAUGGCAAGAACAUGAUGACAGCAAGUCCCUACAUGCGUACAUAUUACAUUCGAUAGGGAACAUAAUUAACUAAGUAUUGACUAAUGAAUUUCGGGCCCCGAUGAGAGAUAAACAAGGAAUGUCAUAUCGGUUUAUAAUUUAACGGAAAGAUUAGACAAAAUGGCCGAACGGUUUGCCGGCGGAGUUGCAUGUGAAGAGGCCAGGCUGGCGUUUUAAUUGAACGGAAAGAAGAGGCGGGUCAAUUGCGUAAACACCAGCCAUAUUUUGGGCCAUUGACAAAUUGGUCAUCAGAGUUUAAUACGUGACAGGUUUGUCACUGGACUUUGGAAAGAACUAUCAUGGACCAUGGUAGUCCCUCUCCUUUCGUCCAUUUUCGUGAGUCCAAACGGCAGUGCAGACAUCCCUUUAGGGUUUUCACCCGCCAUAUCCCUUUUCCCGACUUCUCAUUCCUUCGCCGGACAGAAAAACCAGAAAUCCGAUCAUCUCCCCGGGCUUUUCUUUCCAGGUACGAUCAUACUGUUUCAACCGGAAUUCCGAUCACUGCCUGGCUGCCGAGAAAUCGUAGCCCGUCUGUUUCGCCUUCGAUAUUUGUUUUCUCCACGUCGUUUCGAUUUGUCGAAGCCGUAAUUCUGAUGAAGCAAUUUCUCUACUGUUUUCCUUUUUUAUCCAGGUGAUUCCCCUCCAUACUCGCAAAAAUGCAGAACGAAGAGGGACAGAGCGUGGAUCUCUACAUUCCCCGGAAAUGCUCGGCCACCAAUAGGUUGAUUACUUCCAAAGACCAUGCAUCUGUUCAGCUCAACAUUGGCCAUUUGGACGAGCAUGGGCUUUACACUGGCCAUUUCACCACCUUCGCUCUCUGUGGCUUCGUUCGUGCUCAGGGUGAUGGUGACAGUGCACUGGAUCGGCUCUGGCAGAAGAAGAAAGCUGAGCUCAAGCAGUAGUGAAUUUCAGACGCCUAGCUCUGGCUUGCUGAAGAGUCUAUUGAGGAGGAUGGGUCUACGAACAGUAAUUUAGAGAGAAUGUCUAGAACUUAGUAUAUUGCUCCGAGCCAUGAAUUGCUAUUGCAGUUAGCUCGUUGUAGCUAGUGGUGGUCUAAGUAAAUAAUGUAAAAACUCUUCCUGCCAGUUUUUGCUGUGCAGUUCAUAAAGUACUUUAGCGCCUUCUGUUUCGAGUUUGGAUCAAUCGAGUUCUGGUCGUAAUCAGAUACGAAUCAGUAAAGUUCAGAUCUCUGC